GUUUUAGAACAAGAUCCUCAAGUCUUUAAUCGUGCAAGCGCUGUAAAAAAUUUAAUUAAUAAUCAUCAAUUUUGGAUUGAUGUUGAGCAAUUGCAAAAUAUUCUUGGCCCGGUAAAACAGGCUGUAAAAUGCGUAGAGUUUCGAACUACUUUGUUGGUAGAUGUAUUUGUUGAGCUAGUAAAAAUGGCUAUUUCAAUCCAAGAAAUUUCUGUUCUCUAUAAUAACCAGUUUCGGCGUGAUUUUCUUGAGCAUAAGAUAUACAAGAAGUAUGUUCUUAAAAGAGCAUUGGAAAUAUGGAUGCAAUUAGGUGGCGGUUGGACGAGUUGUAAACUUUUAAGGACUCAAAUGAAUCUAACUCAAAAAAAUGAAGACCACAUCAAGACGCUUGCUAUACGAAUUCACUCUAUUUCUCCUCAUAAUGCUGCGUAUGAACGUACCUUUAGUAUACUAGGCUGGUAUUUAGGAAAAAGGCGAACUAGGUUAAGCAUUGAUCGACUAGAGUUAAUGGCUCAAAUGCAUUCGUUUUUAGUAGAAAAUGCCAAAUCAGAACUUAACUACGUUAACCAAAAUCUUUGCCAUGAGGAUUUUUUAUCUAUUUUUAAUAAAAUUGCAAAUUCUAUGGAAAAUGAGACUGAUUUAUUCGAUAGUGAUUCAGUUUCCUUUCCAGAAGAACUUGAAGAAGAUAUGGAAGAAAAUAUAGAAGAGUCUUCUGAGGAAACAGAUAAUUCUGUCAGUGAAAAUUCGUUAAAUUUAGAAAUUGGAAAUUUUAUAUCUUUAUCUUCCAGACUAGAAUCCAACGAAUCGUCAAGUUUAAAUGAAGAAAUUGAACAUGGAAAUAGAGAUUUUGAUUUGAAUGAUUUGAUCAGUGAUGAUUCUGACUGA